AAUCGCAGCCAACGAACACUGUACAACGACUGAGGACCCUGGCUGUAUUUAUAGGUCUCUGCUGACCUUCGACUUCUAGAAUUGGAAGAUCAGCUGCCAAGCUAUAGUAUCUUCAGAAAGAAUGGAUACCUUUUUACACUCGACCAAACUACGGAUGCGCGAAGCAGAGAAUAGUCGUUGGCUUGUGAUUAGCGGAAAUGAAGCUUGUGAUUUGGAUAGCACGAGUUGUGCGUUAGCAUACGCAUACUUCAAGCAACAGCAACUCGGUUCUGAUGUUACUGUCAUUCCCUUAUGCUAUGUUAAUCGGGAAGAUAUGCCUCUACGAACUGAAAUCAUUUACUGGCUAGGUCAAUGUAACGUUAAUUGGGAAGACCUUAUAUUCGCGGACGACUUAUUCGGGGGAGAUUUUGGUUUCAGACCUAAAGCUUGCGUAGAUCUAAUCCUUGUCGAUCACCACAUUCCCACUGGAAAACUGGCUGAGAUGGGAUGGCGCAUAAAGGAAGUGAUCGAUCACCAUGAAAUCACUGUAGACAAAGAGUCAAUUGGCCUUUGUGAGAUGGUGCGCAUUCAACGUGUUGGAUCCUGCGCCAGUCUCGUGGCUUCACAAAUCCUAUCGAAUUCGAUGGGAGAAGCUCUUCCAUUUAAUGUUUGGAAGAUUUUAUAUGGUGCAAUUCUUUUGGAUACUGUCGGCUUGUCACGAAUUGGAGAAAGCCUCGGUCGACUAACGGAUGUCGACCUGAGGAUGGGCAGUCGGAUUGAAGAUAUGAUCGGUGACAAAUUGUUCUGUGGAACAAUUACGCGCCACUCAUUGUUUACUGGUUUGGAGAAGGCAAAAUUUAAUGUGAAAGGACUUUCCUCCUGGGACUUACUCCGACGAGAUGCAAAAUUGGUGACGAGCGAUCAGCGUGAUGGUCACUCUUUCCUUUGUUCCACGGUUUCAGGGCUCGAUUACACUUUUCUACUUCAGUGCCAGGAUUUUGUAGAUGCAGCGACUCGCAUUUGCUCUGUCUAUCACUGCUCAUUACUCAUUGGUAUUACCGUGGAUUUUGCGCAUUGUCGUCCACCAUCUUCAAACGCUUCGGACGUGCAGGCAGAACGAGGUGACUUGCGUAAGGGUCUGUUUAUCUACACGCCUUCGAACCAACAGGAACUGUGUGAUCAGUUGCGCGAUUUUCUAUGUUUGCCAACGAGCGGCCUCGAUUUGUGCCCCGAAGAUAAUCUGAUCCAAUUCCCCCCAUCAGUUCCAUUCGUCGGGGUGAUCCGAAAUCCGAAAGCGACACGUAAGGCCGUUGUUCCCCUAUUGCAAACGUUCAUUCGUCGCCAUCACUCUGGCUGCAUGGAAGAGUUCGACACCAGUGCCGCAUCAACCGGAGCAGAUGAUCAUGGUUCUACAACACUGAAUGCCGUUCUACGGGGGCCCAAUCCUCCGUUCAUGGACCGAAGAUUGGCAAAUGUCAGGCUGUGGUUAAAAUCACUCACACCAAGUGAGCGUAUGAAGGUAGUUCGGCACUGUUUACUUCAACUUCAAUGCAACGACGAUGAAACAGCUUUCCAAGCCCCAGGUAUUUUGUCCGCCAACAUCCUGGCGAAUAUCACCGACAAACUCAGUAGAAUGAUGCCGAAGGACGUCCGUGCAGAGAUGGCUUCUUCCGAAAGCCACCAGCUGAAAUCCAUCACAGUGGAUCAGGAGGUACCUAAGCAGCUUGGAGAUAUCCGCACUCCAAUCUCCAAAGGUCGGCGGUCGACUGUACCCACAGCAAGCGAUUUUACAUUUUUUCAUGGUCCGUGUGCAGAACGACAGAAGGCAUCACUUGACCUCUCUCCAGAUGAUGUUGCCUGUGCUCUUUCGCAUGUGGGAAACAAAAAUCCUGCAUGGUUGGAGACGGAGUAUCUCACUCGUCUGUCCUCGCGAUUACCCGGACAUAUUAUUUCGAACACUUCAUCGGAUGCCAUUGAAGGAGCCAGCUUUCGUUUGUAUCGCCGGCUCUCUUCUUUCCCAAAUUUUCAUAAAACGAAGACUCUCAGCUGGACCAUGGGUACAUCCCAGUCGGUUGAUGAGGCUGAGCCCGCAAUUGAUGAAACCGAAUUGGCUCUUCUUCGUGCGUCCUAUUGCAUGGAACCUCACUCAAGCAUUACCAGGGAGCCGUCGAUAUUUCGCGAGCUACUAAUGGAUGAGCGGUCUCGUAUACCACAACAUGGUAGUACUCCAGACCGGGUUCCAGUAUUUUCCAUGGCGUAUGACGCACAGCUGCUCUUUAACACAACAAACCCUGACGGCUAUUCUCCUACUCCAACUGAGUGCGUGAACCAAGACGCCAGGCCAGUUGACCCCGCUGCCCUCGCUCUGUAAUCUGUACAACAGCAAGCCGAUCGGCUACAACACAUGAUCACUUUUUUUCUUCCCGUUGAUAGACCAAUCUGUUUGACCAACAACUGACACGCGUUAGGCGUCGUCCCAAUGUAUCAUCUAUACCGUUAUACUGCUGUGGCCGGUCUAUACUUUGAAUACCUCUACACCCUUCAAUACUACACUGCCUAUGCAGCACCUAUCUAUGUUUACAUUUCGUGUCAUCUCAAUUACUUGUUUAUUCACAAAGCCUUGACGUCUUCAAUCAUGCGUCCAAUUGUGAUACCACAUGCAAUCAUCCUCUUUGAUUUGUCUUUUUUAUUUUCUGAGAUAUCAGGACUCUGUAAUUUUGCCACGUAUAACCAAGGACCACGCUUGCAUACAGCACUUGUGCAAACACUGGCUGUGUAACAUACUAUCGAUUACUUUUCAUCAAUGUGUUUCCCUUCCGUGCUCACCACUCGUUCUUCACCAUCUGUUCAGUUCGGUCCUGGCUUUCUCCCUCCUUGCUUUCGAAAUACAUCCCCUUAAAUUGCUUUUUCUGAUG